UUCUCUUAGGGUUACACUACACCCGUCUGCCUAGAGGAGAAAAGACAAUAAACCCCUGUAGCCUUACACGACUGUGUACCAUGCUUGAAUAAUAACCAUUACACUCCCCUCACAAGCUGAGGCAUGCAGGUUACAAAUGCCCAGCUUGGAUAGUAGCUAAUGGAAACGAUCACCACCAAGACCCUUCGUGAAAAGAUCAGUCAGCUAUAGGUCAGUAUGAAUCUUCUGAGGAAGGAUCUCGCUAGAGGUAACACGAUCACGAACAAAAUAGCAAUCAAGUUCAACAUGCUUCGUGCGCUCGUGGAAGACUGGAUUGGCAGCUAUGUGAAGUGCUGCCUGAUUAUCAAAAUAGAGAACUGUGGGACUGGAACAGGGAACACCCAUUUCACAAAGGAGAGCACGAAGUCAGAUGAAUUCACUGACUGUGCUAGCCAUGGCCCGAUACUCAGCUUCGGCAGACGACUACCUGCUGCUUCUUGGUACGCCAGGAGACCGGGGCGCCACCCAAAGUGACAAAGUAGCCGGAAGUAGAACGACUAGUUGACUGGCACCCUGCCCAGUUUGCGUUGCAAUAAGCAGUCAAAUGCAGUGAACCCUGCGACGGUAACAGAAUGCCCUGACCUGGUGCAUUCUUGAGAUAGCGAAGAACAAGUUCAACACCCGCUACGUGCUCUGCAGUGGGGGCAUGGACAUAGCGACUAAGAAUGUUGACAGCAUAAACAAUAUCGGGACGC